GUCCAAGCAGGAAACUCGGAUGCCCAGAUCCGAGAUGGGGACGAUGGCGCUGUGAGCGCUGCUCCUGCUGCUGGCAGCCGCCCUGGCCCCGACCCAGACCCGCGCGGGCUCGCACUCCAUGCGGUAUUUCUCCACCAUCGUUGUCCCGGCCCGGCCUCGGGGAGCCCCGGUACUUGGAAGUCGGCUACUGUGGACGACACGGAGUUCGUGCGCUUCGACAGCUUCAGCAGAGAAUCCGAGAAUGGAGCCGCGGGCGCAGUGGGUGGAGCGGGAGGGGCCGGAGUAUUGGGAGAGGGAGACACAGAGAGCCAAGGACAACCAGCAGAGUUUCCCAGUUGACCUGAGGACCCUACUUGGCUACUACAACCAGAGCAAGGGUGGCUCUCACACCUUCCAGUGGAUGUCUGGCUGUCAAAUGGGGCCUGAUGGGCACCUCCUCCGCGGGUACAGUCAAAAUGCCUACGAUGGCAAAGAUUUCAUCGCCCUGAACAAGGACCUGAGGACAUGGACUGCUGCGCACACGGUGGCGAAGAUCACCCAGAGCAAGUUUGAGAGGACUGAUUUUGCAGAGAGAUUGAGAGCCUACCUGGAGGACACGUGCUUGGAGGGCCUCAGCAGACACCUGGAGUAUGGGAAGGAGCAGCUGCUGCACACAGAUCCCCCAAAGGCACAUGUGACCCAUCAUCCUGGAUCUAAAGGUGAUGUCACCCUGAGAUGCUGGGCCCUGGGCUUCUACCCUGCUGACAUCACCCUGACCUGGCAGAGGGAGGAGGAGGAACAGACUCAGGACAUGGAGCUGGUGGAGACCAGACCUUCUGGGGAUGGAACCUUCCAGAAGUGGGCAUCUCUGGUGGUGCCUUCUGGGGAGGAGCAGAAAUACACAUGCCAUGUGCACCAUGAGGGGCUGCCUGAGCCCCUCACCCUGAGAUGGGAGCCUCCUCAGUCCACUGUCCCCAUCAUGGCAGUCAUUGCUGUUCUGUUUCUCCUUGGAGCUGUGACCAUCAUUGCAGCUGUGGUGGCUGUUGUGAGGAAGAGGAGGAGAAACACAGGUGGAAGAGGAGGGAACUAUGUUCCGGCUCCAGGUAAGUGUGGAAAGCAGGAUUGUCCCUGAGACCCUUGGGGUGGACCUGGAGUAUUUGCAGACCUCUGUCACCAAUAUUAGCUCCUCCAGCAAAAUCUCCUAGGGGCCAUGUUUUUUAUCU